CCGCUUUUGAGUGGUAUGGACAUAACCCCUUCACUAAUUGGGCAGCCUUCCAGAGGAAAUUUCUCGAUAGAUUUGAUCACAUCGCACCAGGUCAAUGCCUCCGUUUAAUAAAGGAAUACACGCAGCAGCCUCGGGAGACCUUGGCUAGAAAUGCUGAACGUUUUACGUACUUAGCCGAACGCUCUAGGGUGGACGAGAAAAUGGUACGGACUGAUUUCGUAAGAGGAUUGUCAGAUUCUCGCCUGCGGAAAAAGAUCGGCAAGAAAUGCAACCCUAUAGAACAUACCCUGACGGAGGUAAUUCAGUACGCCAUUAAGUAUGGAAAGGAAAAUUACGAUGUGGGUCUGGACUCCGAAUCCGACGAAGACGACCCUUCAGGUGUUCAACGCAAUAGCUACUCCGCUACGGCACGAAUGUUCGAAGAUCGCUUCGGGCUGGGUCCAACAAAAAAAGGCUCGGAUCGGAAAGCUUCGUCCUCUGCUCCAACCUCCCGUUGCUCCGGGCGAGCUCAAGGAGGCCGGGGCGAGGAAGAAGCUUCCAUGAAAGAGGUCGCGGCCCAACUAGUAACGGUAGUGGCCCCGUUGACGGAGUUUGUUCAAAGUCUGCAGCGACAACGCAUAGCCGCCACACAACGGCAACAGGCGGCUAUGGCCGUCGGGGCCCCUAUGACCAGACCGGCCGUGGUCGGGGCUGUCCCGCCCCUGCGUUGUUAUAACUGUAAUCAGCCAGGCCAUCUUGCGAAAGAUUAUCCGAAACCUCGAACUCAGAGUGGGCCCGCGGGGCCCACUGGACCUUCCCAAAUCCCGCUGGCUGCUCCCACUGCUGUAGGACAGGGGAGGGUAGCCACGGUGAUGGAUACUGGGGCAAUGGAGAUGGUGACCCCUGCUGCCACUGAGAUAGGACCCGAUGAGUGUAUGGCGGCAGCAAUGUUCGAACCCGGGACCAUAAGAGUAAUACGUCACGUCCAACGGAUUACCGAGGAAAGCGACCUCGGGCCGUGGCGACCAGGACUCGAGGAUCUUGCGGUACCUGUGGCCUUGGAGAAAAGCGARUUCUUCUUGUCGGAGAUCUCAUUCUUGGGGUAUAUCGUCACGGUCGACGGACUAAAACUGGAUCCGAGGAAGGUGGCAGCAGUUCAAGACGCCCCGGCGCCGGUUACACUCACCCAGGUUCGGGCUUUUCUAGGGCUGGCAUCCUAUUACCGACGCUUCAUCAAGGGGUUCGCCRGUAUAGCGAAGCCCCUCACGAACCUGCUGAAGAAAGAGGAACAGYUGAUCUGGACGCCGGAAUGCGAAGCGGCGUUUCAGGCGUUGAAGGAGGCUCUGACAUCUGCUCCUGUGUUGGCGCGUCCCGACCCGACAAGACCGUUCGCACUGCACACCGACUGGCAGCCUCAGGCGAUAUCGGCGGUGCUGACUCAGCACGGGGCGAACGGAAGGGAACACGUCAUUGAGUAUGCGUCUAAGACGCUGAGCCCGGCGCAGGCUAAUUACGAAGCGUGCAAAGGCGAGUGCCUGGCGGUGGUAUGGGGAAUCCAGCAUUUCCAACCGUAUCUUUACGACCAGAAAUUCGUGCUGCUGCGCUUCGACAUUCAGCAAGUGAACGUGUCGGCUCCUAGCGUUGCCGACUUGGCGGUGUACUCGCUCCUCGGGCAGCGGGUAACGUACGCGGGCAUCUAUGUGGACAUAUCGCCCGUGCCUGGUCAGGAAUCCACGCGAGUGUUCAUCGAGUUCCGAGCCAUCCAGGUGGCUACGGACUUUGUGUACUGCAUCGCUACUUUCACCGGGGACUUAACCGUCUUGCCCGGGCACGAUCGGGAGCCGGCGUAUAGGUUCUUGCGCGAUUACGCCCUCCAGGUGGCGAGAUCGGUGGCACGAGUGCAGGCGAGGGGCACUCGUCGCUUCACCGCAUACGAAGGACUUCUGCGGCGGACUCCGAAGGGAACACUUGCAUUGCUCCCCUAUCCUAUGCGCAACUUCCCCGAGUACCUGGUGGAGCUGACGGACGUGGAGCAGUUGCCGCCCGCUGACGAGGAUGCUUGGGAGUUGCACCGGGCGCUUUAUUCAUCGGUGGUGCUGGGCAUGUUUACAUAUUUCAUGGAGCACGAAGUUCAUAACGUCGGCGAGCUCCUCUACGUAUACUACGUGAUCGCCAAGCCGAAGCCGGAGCGGAAGGAGGGAACGGUGGCGUUUUACCCUUUUGGGAGGAUCGGAACGAAUCGCCCGGGGCUCUUACAACUCAUUGACAUCGAGUUGUUGUCCAUCGCGCAGGUAAUCGCCGCGGAAGAAGAAGACUUGCAGCUCAGACUGCGGACCGCCUCAGCCCCGUGCAAAUCGUAUAACGCGGCGGUGAUACCUGACUACCUGGCGCGUGAGGGGGAGUCCGUGGUGGACUUCGGGCACGAAGAUAAGCCGCUGCGGCCUCCAUCAUCGUAUCCAAAGCAAGUAGCCCUGAAGGCACCGAGAAAGAGAUCCGUCCCGAAGCGGCGACGAAGUCCAUUGCCGGAAGCUCAGGCCAGUCGAGUGGGGCCUGUCGAGGAGGUCGUCCAGCCUGCGUCGGUGCGCGAAGUCGAUCCGGUCUGUGAGAGAAGAGCCGCGCUCAUCAUCGGGCCCCGACUGGGGGAGGACUGCCCCGCCGAAGAACCGCGGAGAUCCAUAGGCCAUCGGGAGUCGACACCUCAGCGGCCCCGCCUCCCCAAUCUCAAUAGCCAUGCAGCCGGGCCAUCAGGCACAGGGGGGGGAUUGGGACGAGUUCCAUAUCCUGCAUCCAGACCCCCCCUCCUUGCAGGACCGUUCCGAUUUCGCUCGCCCACCCGGGAUACCCCGGUCACUGACAUUAACAGUUCCCCCGAGCCGGACGGUCCAUCAAACCGACGUGGAUCACAUGGUGGAACUGGCCACCAUCCGGCUUGAGGUCAUCGAGGGGGCGCCGCGUCCUGAUCCGGCAUGGGAGGCGUUCUUGCAGCCUCCAUUCGACGGAUGUAUAGCGGCGAGGUUGGUGGGCACGCUCAUCUACGAGACCGUCGGGCGGCCCAACAUUAUGUACCAUAUCCUGGUCUUCGCGGCGGUUAAGCGGGAGUGGAUGCCAUACACGGAGACCCAUCUAGUGCUGACGGGUCCGAAAAAUCAACCGCUGCGACGAUG